AUGACUACACAAGCUCCCGCGCUCCUUUUCACGGCAGCAAGACGGCUGAAUGCGCUUUACGGAACCCCUCACGGUCCUAGUUCUUCAACACUUUAUUGCGACGCUGUUUCAGUCGCCAGCAGCGUCCCGGUGCAAUCGGUGCCGGGCAGCUCAGACCCAUGCCAUUACCCUCCGGGCCAUGAAGCUUGGGUGUCAGUAAGCUUGGGCGCCGCGCGGCAACUCCAAUGCAGUCACGGUGGCUGGGUCCUAACCCGGUGGUCCGAAGCCAGCGAGCGUGCCGUAGUGGCACAGCUACUCAUCGCCAUCGGCGAGGGCCUUGCCGCGCCAUCGCCAACCGUUCAGCAGCGCAUAACUUUGGGAGUAGGUCCGCCGCCUUUGCCAGUCGUCUCGGCCAUUUUGGCAUUCAAUCUGGGACUUCCGUACACCGUCCAACCAUUCCUAGAGACGGCGUCUGCAGCAGCAGCGACGUCAGCGCCUGGCGCCUCCACCGCCAACGACGCCGGCUCGGCGGCCAUGGCAGCGGCGGCGCCACUGCUGACGCUGCCGUUGACAACCCCCCUUCAAGUGCUGGGCUUGGCAGCGGCCCUGGCGGACGCGGCACUACACAGCCCGGGCCCCCUCGCCGCCGACGCCGUUUCACGACAUGGGACGAGCAGCAGUGCCGGCAUCGCUGCCGUACCCGGAGCGUUGUCGCCCGCGAAUUACCCCUUGGCGGAAUCCGUACAGCUUUGCAAGGUGGGUGUGCCGCGUACGACACCCCUUGCACGUGUGGCCGGUGGUGGUGCUUCGACGGCGGCGGCGGCAUCUGGCGGAAGCAAAGGGCCGCUGCAGGGUGGCCCCGACGCCGCCAUCGCGGCGGCGGAUGGUGGCAGUACUGGCGGCGACGCCGUCGCAGCGGCUGCGGGGCCGGCAGCACCGCUAGCAUUUGCUUCUGACGAGCUGAGUGCUGGCGAUUCGGUCCGGAACGGCGGCGGCGGCGGCGGCGGUGGUGGUAGUACGGCCGUCGUUCGAGAUGCUGUGGCACGUGCACUGCAGCGCUACUUCCGAGAACGUGGCAGGCACGUCAUGUUUUGA